CUCUUUGACCCUCUGCGCGGCCCGUCGCGGAGGUAGGGCGGGAAAGUCUGACUCGGCAGCGGGCCGCCUGCCGUGGGCGUCCGCCGCGAUGGAGGAGGAGGUGGAGGCCGAGCAGGAGCAGCGGUUCUCUCACCGGCAGAGGCUAAAGGCUGCAGUUCACUACACGGUCGGCUGUCUUUGCGAGGAAGUUGCGUUGGACAAACAGGUGCAGUUCAGCAAGCAGACCGUGGCGGCCAUCUCGGAGGUGACUUUUCGACAGUGCGAAAAUUUUGCCAAAGACCUUGAAAUGUUUGCCAGACAUGCGAAAAGAAGCACAGUCACCACUGAAGACGUGAAGCUCUUAGCCAGGCGGAGUAAUUCACUGCUAAAAUACAUCACAGAGAAAAAUGAAGAGAUUGCUCAGCUUAAUCUAGAGCGAAAGGCCAAGAAGAAAAGGAAGCCAGAGGAUGAAAACAGGAACUCCAGGGAGCCUGAUGCUGAAGUGGAAGCUGCCGAAGGGAAGAGGAACGGCCUCCUGACUUUCCUUGCCUGGUGGCAUGGUUGGACCUCCCAAGCCAGCUCCAGCGCCCUCCUCGGAGGGGAUGCCAGCGAGGUGUCUAAGUGGCAGGAAAGCCCACCUCUCCAGCAGCCCCCACGCCGGGACAAAAAGCCUUGCAAGAAUUUCUUCUGGAAAACCUUCUCCUCUUGCAAGUAACCCCACCCUGGCCAAGCCACCCUGUGAAAUGCAACCAGUCUGAAUAAAGGAUGUCAGGCAACAUGGA